AAGAAAUAAAAGGAGCGCCUUUUUGACAUCACAUCAUACUACUGUGCUGCUCUCAGACUGACCAAUCAUCGCGCGAGAGGAGGCCCCAUGCCGGCGCAGCCGUCCAAUCAGCGCAUAGCGUGAGCUCUGCUCACCUUCGCGUCACUUCUGAUUGGAGGAGAGAGCGGCGGAGCGGGCGGGAAGCACAGCGCUGCUAAUCAGAAAAGGCCCGUCUCUCUAAUCAUGAAAUAAUCAUCAGCAUCUCAUCUGUCCGGGGAGUUGGGGAGCAGCAGGUUCAGGGCUUUUAUUUUUAUUUUUUCAAGUCAAAUCAGAAAAUCAGCACUGACCAAACUUCAUUAUUUUUAUUAUUUAUUAUUUUUUUUGUUGAGAAGUUUAUCUUUUAUAUUUUUUAAUUCAUAUUUUAAAGAUGUGGACUUUUCUGGGAGUGGCAACUUUUACUUAUCUUUACAAAAAGUCCAGCUCAGUGCUGUCCUACAUCCCAAAGGAGGUUGUGAUGAUCACUGCUGUGUUUGUGGCAGCUGGACUGCUGCUGUGUUAUGUCAGGUUUUUCCACGGCCAGAAGCUCACAGUCUUCCAGGUGGUUCAUUUACCGUUCAGUGCCUUGUCUUUUUUACCUCUGGUUAACCACUUAGUCCCUGAGAAAGCCUCACAGAGGACCAACAAAGCAGAGAACGGCAGGAAAAAGAGUAAGAGGAGGCGAGCAGAAACAGAGUCUUCUGCUGACCCCUGCUCGUCCGUCUGUGGGCCCUCUGUGGGCCUGGAGCCAGAUGUGGUGAUCGUUGGGGCCGGGGUGCUGGGCUCGGCCCUGGCGGUGGUCCUGGCCAGAGAUGGGAGGAGGGUGACGGUGGUGGAGAGAGACCUGAAGGAGCCUGACAGGAUCGUGGGGGAGCUGCUGCAGCCCGGUGGAUUCAGAGCCCUGAAGGAGCUGGGGCUGGAAGCUGCAGUGGAAGGUCUGGAUGCCCACCAGGUAAACGGCUACGUGAUCCAUGACAUGGAGAGCAGCAACCAGGUGGAGAUCCCGUACCCGGAGGAGGAGGGGCACAUCCAGUGUGGACGCGCCUUCCAUCACGGUCGAUUCAUUUCAGGCCUGAGGAGAGCCGUCAUGGCCGAGAAGAAUGUCAGGCUCAUAGAAGGCACCGUAAACAGUCUCCUGGAGGAGGACGGCUGCGUCACUGGAGUCCAGUACAAAGACAAGGACAGCGGAGAGCUGAAGGAGAUCCACGCCGCUCUCACCGUGGUGGCCGAUGGCUGCUUCUCCAAGUUCAGGAAGAGCCUCGUUCCCGGAAAGGCCAAGAUAAGCUCGCACUUUAUUGGAUGUCUGAUGAAGGACUGUCCGCAGUUCAAACCUAACCAUGCUGAGCUGGUGCUGGCCAACCCCAGCCCCGUGCUGAUCUACCAGAUCUCCUCCUCCCACACCAGGGUGCUGGUGGACAUCAGGGGGGAGCUGCCUCGCAACCUUCCCGAGUACAUGGCAGAGAAGAUACACCCACAGCUGCCAGAGCACUUGAAGGAGCCCUUCAUGGUGGCGCUGCAGAACGACAGACUGCGCUCCAUGCCCAGCAGCUUCCUCCCUCCCUCCCCCGUCAGCAAACCAGGUGUGCUGCUGUUGGGCGACGCCUACAACAUGAGGCACCCUCUGACGGGGGGAGGGAUGAGCGUCGCCCUCAACGAUGUUCGGAUCUGGAGGGGUCUGCUGAAGAACAUUCCAGAUCUGUAUGACGACGCCGCCCUGCUGCAGGCAAAGAAGAAAUUCCACUGGGAACGCAAGUCAUCCCAUUCUUUUGUGGUGAAUGUGCUGGCCCAGGCCCUGUACGAGCUGUUUGCAGCCACAGACAGCUCUCUCCAUGAGCUCAGAAAGGCCUGCUUCCAGUACUUCAAGCUCGGUGGAGAGUGCAUUUCUGGACCCAUCGGACUUCUCUCUGUACUGACACCGAAGCCCAUGACUCUCAUUGGACACUUCUUUGCCGUGGCGCUCUACGCCAUCUAUUUCAGCUUCAAGUCUGAAUCCUGGAGCACCAAACCUCGAGCUCUGUUUAAGAGCACGGCCAUCCUGUACCGAGCCUGCACCGUCAUGUUCCCGCUCAUCUACUCUGAGCUCAAACACCUGCUUUACUAGGGAGCUGAGCACGUGGACGCACAAACGUUUGAGCAGGUGUGGUGAUCCACCUGUCAAAUCCCAGCGCUUUGUAUCGUUUUUACAGAAAUUUAACAAAACUCAACUAAAGUGGACUUAAAAACUCAAAGCCUUUGUUAAUCAGAAUGUGCCUGUCUGCGAAAAACAAACUUUAGCUCAGGAAUUAGCCAAAAAAAAUGUCAAUUUUCUGCUUUUUUAGUUAAAAUGAUGAAGAAAGCACAAAAUAGGAUGUCAGACAAUAAUAGAAUCAUGUUUAUUCUGUUUUUCAAAUGUGUUUUUCAGAGUAUUUUUUUAUCCUUUUGCUGUGCAAAAUAUCCGUGGUACUCUAUGUUUUGAAAGACUUUGUUCUUCAACAUGUUAAAAAUACUAGUUGUGUUUCUCUGAGGUAUCAGAACUGUGAGCGGCCCCCGCAUGACGCUCAGGAGGGUCUUGUCCUGCGCUGACGGGGCCUCGAGUGCUGACUCGUGUCUGCGUUUGCAGGUUGGAAAUAAAAGGAAGAGGUUGGAAGUA